AUGUCUUCCAUUUUCAAUUUUCAGAGUAUGUUGGCUAUAAUCUUGCUCUUUCUAUGUACCUGUGCUUGUAUCUCGUCCUUGGCACCCAGCCUCCUGGACAUAAAUAAAGCUGGAUUGUUGGGUAUGUUUUGGAAGUGUGCCCGAAUUGAAUGUAUGAGUCCUUAUGUUGCAGUGUGCUGUAUAGUGAUGGCCUUCAACAUCCUCUUCAUGCAGUAG